AACAUGGACUGUGCAACCAGCACAAGAGCAGGGCAGUAACUUCUGUGAGAGAUGGAGUACUCUUACAGCUACAGGUUCAUGCUUGUAUGCUCUGUUCUUGUACUGUGCCUUAAUACUCGGGGUGCGAGAUGCCAGUUAUCCGACGAUUUCUACGACUACAUAUGUCCUGAUGUGUACACCGUUGUCCAGCAGCAUGUUUAUGCUGCCAUGAGGACUGAGAUGAGGAUGGGUGCCUCCCUCCUAAGGCUCCAUUUCCAUGACUGCUUUGUCAAUGGGUGUGACGGUUCCAUCCUUCUGGACGGUGACGACGGCGAGAAAUUUGCACUUCCCAACAAGAACUCUGUCAGAGGGUUCGAAGUCAUUGACGCGAUAAAGGAAGAUCUCGAGAACAUCUGCCCUGAAGUUGUUUCCUGCGCCGACAUUGUAGCCCUUGCAGCUGGCUAUGGAGUACUAUUUAGUGGAGGCCCUUACUAUGACGUUCUUCUCGGUAGAAGGGAUGGUCUUGUCGCAAAUCAAUCAGGAGCUGACAACGGCCUCCCUUCACCGUUCGAACCCAUCAAAUCGAUCAUACAGAAGUUCAAUGAUGUCGGCCUCGACACAACCGAUGUUGUCGUCCUAUCAGGAGGGCACACGAUCGGACGAGCCCGGUGCACGCUGUUCAGCAACCGGUUGUCGACCACCUCAAGCUCAGCCGACCCGACGCUGGACGCCACCAUGGCCGCCAACCUCCAGAGCCUCUGUGCCGGUGGAGACGGCAACGAGACCACCGUGCUGGACAUCACCUCCGCCUACGUUUUCGACAACCGCUACUACCAGAACCUCCUCAAUCAGAAAGGCCUCCUGUCCUCCGACCAGGGCCUCUUCUCCAGCGACGACGGCAUCGCCAACACCAAGGAGCUGGUGGAGACUUACAGCGCAGAUGCCCACAAGUUCUUCUGGGAUUUUGGCAGAUCCAUGGUGAAGAUGGGCAACAUCAGCCCACUCACCGGUGACGACGGCCAGAUUCGCAAGAACUGCAGGGUUGUUAAUUAACUGAGCUUCAGUGUGUUGAAAAGAUAGUAAAUUUCUUGUACUUUUCACAAGGCGAUUGAGACGAUGUGUGUUAUGUUUUGAUGUUACAUGAAUGCUUGAAGAAGCAGAAGUAAUAACGAUGUGAUUGUGACUAGUUUGUGAACUGAUCGUCAACAAAGAUGUGAUCCAUUGGAAAAAAAGAACUGAAUGUAUGUGCCUUAAAUUGGGUGGGUCAUAUACUGUAUAUCAUAUCAUGCUGCA